AACUCUACGGAACUAUUAUUACCUCGCCGUAAGACCGCUACCAAACUACAUAAGCUCUCGUAUAUAGAUCAUGCCCGCUAGCCGCGUAUUAUGUCCUACUUAUAAGUCCUACGGGCUAUCCUUAACCUCGUUUAUUCCCUCGUCCGACCCCAAGCCUUUAUCGUCUCUACCCGGCCGGCUAAACGACUCGUUUAAAUAGCGGUUAGUAAUACCGAUAGCUAUAUGCCGCUAUAUAUUUAUGUUAACCUAGCAUCCUAGUAGCCUUAUGCUAGUGCGCUAUAUAAUCCGCCGCGCCUUAUCUAUCGUCCACGUUUGCUCAUCUUUCUACGUCCAGUCGCCUACGCAUAUGCUCUCAUCCCCUACCUCGUCUAUAUUUGUACUACGAUUGUUACUAUCCCUAACGUUUAUAUUAUCCCUCCGUUCUUCCAACACUGCUACCGUCCUGCUUUCUUCCGGGUCCAUCUACCGAAUAAUGUCGUCUGCCCAUAAGAACGCACUAUAUCCGCUGGCCUCGUACAUGAUGCCCUGCACCUCCUGCCAGAAUGGCAAGAUGAGCCACAGAUACCAUAUGAUGAGCUCGCCGACCUCCCUCGGCAGAUAGCGGUGGAUCACCUUCGCCUGGCCUGUCGUCCGG